GCGCACCUGAUGUUAAACCGCCAAGGACAGGAGGAGUCAGUUGCUACGUUCAAAGGCAAUGAGUUCUUCAGCUACAACCUGUCCCAGACUCCCAUUCAGAGCAGCUUGGACGAGAUCACGCUGUCCUUCCGAACCCUCCAGAGGAACGGCCUGCUGCUUCACACGGGGAAAUCCGCUGACUAUGUCAACCUGUCCCUGAGGAACGGAGCUCUGUGGCUGGUCAUCAAUCUGGGCUCCGGUGCUUUUGAGGCCCUGGUGGAGCCUGCCAGUGGGAAGUUUAAUGACAACGUCUGGCAUGACGUUCGAGUGACACGCAACCUCCGCCAGGUGACGAUCUUGGUGGACGGCAUUCUCACCACCACGGGCUACACCCAGGAGGACUACACCAUGCUGGGCUCCGAUGAUCUCUUCUACAUAGGGGGCAGCCAAAACACAGCUGACCUGCCAGGCUCCCCAGUCAGCAACAACUUCAUGGGCUGUCUGAAAGACGUGGUCUACAAGAACAAUGAGUUUAGGCUGGAACUGUCACGGCUGGCGGAGCAGCAGGACUCCAGGAUCAGCAUCCAUGGGGACCUGAUAUUCAGCUGCGAGAACGUGGAGGCCCUGGAGCCGGUCACCUUCGACACGCCGUCGGCCUACUUGACAUUGCCCAGGUGGAACACGAAGAAGACGGGCGCCAUAUCUUUCGACUUCCGCACGACAGAGCCCAGCGGCCUGCUGCUGUUCAGUCACGGCAGCCUGCAGGGAACGCAGCCCGACAAGAAGCCCAGGGCCGACUUCUUCGCCAUAGAGCUGCUGGAUGGAUUGCUCUACCUGGUCAUGGACAUGGGCUCUGGCAGCAUCAAGAUGAAAGCCAGUAACGUGAGGCUCAGUGGUGGCGAGUGGUGCCACGUGGAGUUCCACAGGAAAGGGCGCAACGGCUUUAUCUCCGUGAACAGCCAGAGCAUCCCCUUCGCCACUAAUGAAGGCAGCGAGAUCCUCGACCUAGAUGGGGACAUGUAUCUCGGAGGAUUACCCGAGGACCGCCAAGCUCUCAUGCUGCCCCCUGAGGUGUGGACCGCCUCCCUCGGCCUCGGCUACGUUGGCUGCGUGAGGGACCUCUUCAUUGACGGACAGAGCCGCAACCUGUGGAGGCUGGCGGAGGUUCAGAGCGCCACAGGUGUCAGCAGCUUCUGCACCAGAGAGACUCACACGCGGUGUGCCAAAGACACGUGUCCCAACGGCGGUCACUGCAGAGAAGGCUGGAACCGCCACAUUUGUGACUGCAAUGGCACUGGGUACCUCGGUCUGAGCUGUGAUAAGGAGGCCACCACGGUGAGCUAUGACGGCAGCAUGUAUCUGAAGGUGGUGCUGCCAAGGACGCUGCACACGGAGGCCGAGGACGUGUCCCUGCGCUUCAUGUCCCAGAGGGCCUUUGGGUUGCUGAUGGCCACCACGUCUCACCAGUCAGCGGACACCCUGCGUUUGGAGCUGGACGGAGGCAGAGUCAAACUCACUGUGAACCUGGAUUGUAUCAGGAUAGACUGUAAUCUCAGCAAGGGACCGGAGGUGCUCCUGGUUGGCGACAAGCUGAACGACAACGAGUGGCACGCGGUCAAGGUGGCGCGGCGUGGGAAGAGUCUGCAGCUCUCUGUGGACAAUGUCACUGUGGAAGGCCACAUGACCGGCGCCCACACUCGCCUGGAGUUCAACAACAUCGAGACGGGGAUCAUGUCGGAGCGGCGUUUCAUCUCGGUGGUGCCCUCCAACUUCAUCGGCCAUCUGCAGGCCCUCUCCUUCAAUGGGAUGCUGUACCUGGACCAGUGCAAGAACGGAGACAUCUCCUUCUGCGAGCUGAAUGCUCGAUUCGGCAUGAGGCACAUUGUGGCCAAUCCUGUAACUUUUGUGACCCAGGCCAGCUACCUGGCCUUCUCUACGUUGCAGGCCUACGCUUCCAUGCAUCUUUUCUUCCAGUUCAGGACCACCAGCCCUGACGGCCUCAUCCUCUACAACACUGGAGAUGGCAGUGACUUCAUCAUGGUGGAGAUGGUGAAAGGGUACAUCCAUUACGUUUUUGACUUGGGAAAUGGGCCGUCACUAAUGAAGGGAAACUCAGACAAGCCUCUCAACGACAACCAGUGGCACAAUGUGGUGAUUUCCCGCGACAACAACAAUAUGCACAUCCUGAAGAUUGAUGCCCGCACUGUCACACAACACACCAACGGAGCACGCAACCUGGAUUUAAAAGGGGAGCUGUACGUCGGUGGUCUUGGGAAGAGCAUGUACAGCAGCCUGCCCAGGUUGAUAGCGUCACGGGAAGGAUACAAGGGCUGCCUGGCAUCUGUGGACUUGAACGGAAGACUCCCCGACCUGCUGGCAGACGCCCUCUACAAGGUGGGGGAGGUGGAGCGCGGCUGCGGAGGUCCCAGCACCACCUGCACAGAGGACUCCUGCCACCAGCAGGGAGUGUGUCUGCAGCUGUGGGAGGGCUUCUCCUGCGACUGCACCAUGACCACCUACGGGGGGCCGUUCUGCAGUGACCCUGGGACCACGUACAUCUUUGGGAAAGGGGGCGCUCUCAUCACCUUCACCUGGGCUCCCAAUGAGCGGCCGAGCACCCGAGCCGACCGGUUGGCUGUGGGCUUCAGCUCCCAGCAGAAGGACGCCAUCUUGGUGCGAGUGGAGAGCACCCAUGGGCUCGGAGACUAUCUUCAGCUGCAUAUAGAUCAAGGGAAAAUCUGUGUCAUCUUCAAUGUGGGGACAGAUGACAUCACCAUCGACGAGCCUGCUGUCAUAGUAAAUGACGGCAAGUACCAUGUUGUACGCUUCACACGCAGUGGUGGCAAUGCCACUCUCCAGGUGGACAACCAUCCAGUCAUUGAGCGUUAUCCGCCAGGGAGACAGUUGACAAUCUUUAACAGCCAGGCGGCCAUUAAAAUUGGCGGCAACGACAAGGGUCGGCCCUUCCAGGGUCAGAUUUCAGGGCUGUAUUACAAUGGUCUCCAGGUGCUCAAACUGGCAGCAGAAAAUGAUCCCAGUAUUCAGGUGGAUGGGAACCUGCGUCUGGUCGGGGACUCACUCUCUGUGCUGACCACCGACACAACGUCUGGCACCCCGCUGGCAGUCUCCGAUAUGUCCACAACCAUCAUGGAAACCACCACCACUAUGGCCACCACCACCACCCGCAGGCAGCGAUCACCCAGCUUGAGGGAGAGCAUCUCAAAGAACUCUGAUGAUAUUUUGGUGGCCUCAGCCGAGUGUCCGAGUGACGAUGAGGACCUGGAGGAGUGUGAACCAGGAACAGCCAAUCCCACAGUCUCUGAUGAAAAGAGCCAACCCGGUGCCGUGGAGGUGAUCAGGGAGUCCAGUAGCACCACAGGGAUGGUGGUGGGUAUCGUGGCUGCUGCUGCUCUCUGCAUUCUUAUCCUCCUCUAUGCCAUGUACAAGUACCGCAACCGGGAUGAGGGCUCCUACCAGACGGACCAGAGCCACAAUUUUGCCAACAAUUCCACUGUGGAUGGCAACGGAGCAGUCAAAGACAAAAGCACAGCGACGGCCUCUGUGGCCAAGGCAAUCACAAAGGGCAAAAAGAACAAAGACAAAGAAUACUACGUCUGAGAGCGCAGAGGAGGGCGAGUAGUUUGGACUGAGACAAGAGGAAGAGAGAGAGAGUGCUUUCGUUUCGCUCCCCGAUUUUGUCAGGUCGACCAUCAGUGAAAUUUCACGGGCCACAUAAAAACAGCUGCAGCCUAUUACCGAUGAAAUCUUCAUCCAGAACACGAGAUCUGACUCAUCCUCCGUGCUCUAAGGUGUGCUCCAAUCUGCAUUCACAGAUUCUUUGUUAGUGUAUCAUUUUUUUUAUGUUUCUAACAAGCUGGAAGAAGCAUAUCCACUUUGGCUUUGUAUAUAGCAUGGAUAUGGUACAGUGGAGAAAGUGCUGAGAAAUGGACAGGUUUGCCUAAAUGUUCUCUUUGUUCUUUGUAAUGCUCUAUCUCAACAAGUGUCCCCAUUAUGAUAUAUGAGGCAGAACAGGCCAAUUAUCGAGUUUUUAUGGUAGAUGAGCAGAGAGAAGCCCAGGAUUUCUGACAACAGUAAAAAAGAAAGCCCUUUUUUUGGAUAAGACAUCAUCUCCGCAGCCUCCAUCUUAUGUUGUGUGGUUUUUAAAACUCCCCAGUCACCCUGCCUCUGAUCACAGAAGAUGGUAUUAUGUUGCCAGUGCAGUAUCAUAAAUGAAGCAUGUCAAGCGCUUUGGUAAAAAAAUAAAAAUACAGCAAUUUUAAAUGAAUUACUAAAUCACUCAACACACUCCUGUCAGUGAAGCAUAUAUCAUGAUGGAAUAUUUUAUAUGUGAGACAUCCCAGUCAUUGAGCCAUGUCAUUCCAAGUAGGGGUAAUUGUGAACAAGUCUGACUACACCAGUGAAGGUAUUUCUCUGUAAACAUUGUUUGUAUGUACAUAUAGAGGCUGGCGGAUUGAAAAAGCAUUGUGUACGCAGGGGGAGU